AGGCUUGGCAUCCCAACCCAAACUCACAUCUCAUUUCAUUUCCAAAAACUACAAAGCCAUAGCCAUGGGUGUCUCAUUUAACUUGCACAAAUUUGCCCCCACGAACUCCAAAGAGAUCAAAUUCCAAGGAGAUGCAACCAUUACGGAUCACAAUGUCAUUCGACUCACCAACUUGGACAGCGAUGGCAACCCACUAGGAAACAGAGUUGGCCGAGUUUUAUUCUCCGACCCUGUGCACCUGUACGACCACAGUGGUUUCCGAGCAGGCUUUGAAACCACCUUCGUCUUUCGCAUCUCAAAACCGUACAGUAGUGAAUUUGCUCCCGGACCUGGUGACGGUCUUGCCUUCUUCCUUGCUAAUGCUGACACUGAAAUUCCACCUGAAUCUUCUGGGAAGUUUCUCGGCCUCUUUAACGAUGCAUCUGACAAGAUUGUUGCUGUUGAAUUUGAUACCUUUUCCAAUUUCGAGAUUGGGGAUCCCAGUUAUCCCCACAUCGGAAUUAAUAUCAACUCUAUCAGAUCGUCGACUGUUGGUUACUGGAACUGGCAUGAUGGAGCCGUAACCACUGCAAAGAUAACAUAUAACUCUGCCCUUAAGAGGAUCACCGUCAGUGUUUCUACGUAUCUCGACAACCAACCUAACACU